AGUUUCUUGUAGGUGGAUAAAUAAAAUAAAGAAAUCUGUUUUCGAAACGUUACAGUGUAAUGACGGCCUCUCCGGCGUCGGCGUCUGAACGAAACUCAGCUGCCAAGUCACCAGCUCAUGUCGAUUCAUCUUCCACAGCAAGAAUAUCAACAACAUCAUCAAGCUCACCAAUUCAUCAACCAAAUAUAAGGAGAUUAAGGAAAUGGGAGAUAUUUCCCGGCCGCAACAAGUUCUUAUGUGAUGGUCGUAUUAUCAUGGCGCGCCAAACAGGGAUUCUUUACUUCACAAUCAGCCUUAUUCUCGUCACAGUUGCCUUAUUCUUUGGAUUCGAGUGCAGAUUAACGUUGGUUACCCAUCUUCCUUAUGGAUAUUUCAUCCCAAUCGCUUGUGGUCUCCUCUUCCUAUUUAACAUGGGAUGUUUACUCCGAACUGCUUGGAGCGAUCCAGGGAUUAUACCCCGAUCAACCCCCGAGGAAGCUGCUUAUCUUGAAAGGUGUUUACAAGACCAGCAAGCUAGAGACGAAAACACCCGAGAAUAUCGGCCCCCACCUCGUACACUAGAUAUCACUAUUAACGGGACGCCUAUGAAACUGAAAUAUUGUUUCACCUGUAAAAUAUUCCGACCUCCCCGAGCCUCCCAUUGUAGCAUGUGCGACAACUGCGUGGAAAACUUCGACCAUCAUUGUCCGUGGGUGGGGAACUGUGUCGGACGAAGAAAUUAUCGCUACUUCUUUCUAUUUGUGACAUCACUAACAUUGCUUUGUUUGUUCAUAUUCAGUUUCUCUGUGACACAUAUUAUACUUUUAUCUGGUCUACAAGGUGGAUUCCUGGAAGCUCUUAAGAUAAGUCCUGGAAGUGUCCUCGAAGUGUUGAUUUGUUUCUUCAGUAUUUGGUCGGUGAUUGGAUUGUCGGGUUUUCAUUCCUAUCUUGUAGCGAGGAGUCUUACAACUAACGAAGAUAUUAAAGGAACAUGGUCGAAGAAACGAAAUCGAGAAAUCCAGAAUCCGUUUGACCAGGGAGGGUGGUGGAAGAACUGCUGUUACGUCUUGUGUUCCCCACUCCCUCCUUCAAUGCUGGAUCGGCGGGGAUUUGUAUCAGAUGAUUAUGUUGCUCCUGAUGCACAUAGAGAUGGGAGCAAUGGAAGAACUUAUGGAUCAGGAACACAAGGACAGUCUUCCAGCCAACCGGGUUCCAACCACCAAACCCACGCCGAAUAUUACGACACAGAGGGCGCCACAUACCCUCGACAACCACAGCAUCCACGACAACCAAACAAUGACGUUGACGACAAACAAACUGCUCCGGUUUCCACAAGCGACGAUAACGGGCCAUCCAUCACAAUAUCCCACCAUGCUUACCCCAUGCAAUCUAUUAGUGGAGGUGUCACAUCGGUGCCCCUUGCCCAUAUCAGCUACAACAGUAACAACUCCGUAUCAUAUGAGAGCGAGACAAACCCUAAUGUUGUCAUCGAACAUUUGGGGCCGGUGGGCACUAAUGGCGUGCAUGAUGUGUCCGUUGUUGACACGAAAGACACGAGUAGCACCGGCGACCACGAUGUGUCAACUGUCACCGUCUUGUCUUCGGAUUCUCGGACAUUAUUGUUAGAAGAGCCAAAGAAGAAUGGCAUUGUGACAUCACAACCGCAAGAAAAGACAAAGUUGCCAAAAAUAAGUUCAGUUUGAAAGUUGAACUUGAACCAAUUGUAAAUAACGCGGGUGCUUUUAAACGUUCAAUACAUCCCAUGAUGAACACCCCAACCUCCUAUUUGAUCAGAAUAUUUAGUUCUGUUGCCAAAGCACGUAUGGAUUUUGGUGUGUGGUCACUUUAACUAAUUACUGAAAUAUUAAGCUUUAUGUUUAAAGAUUUUAUGAAGCAUAACUUGCAGUUGAAUUAGUGGGGUAUAGGAAAUAUCUUCUUUAUUGCAAAAUAUUAUUAAAGUAGAUAUUUUGCCUUGUGCGUUAUUUCUAUGUUGUUGCAGAUUCUCGUGUUAGGGUUUUUCCCUAUGCAAGACACCUUUAAAGUUGUAAUAAGCUUUGACUUUUAUCGAUUUUACUAAAAUAAUUCCCCAUGUUUCUUUUUUGCACUCAUUAUAAUGUCGUAAUUAUGAAAUAUAAUACGAUUCCAUGGUAA